CCAGGCCUCUAUAGCCGCACGCGCGCGUUUUGCGAGGACCCUUAUUUAGCUGCCUGUGCCAUUCGCCUGAUUUGAAUUGACUGGCGAGAAGCGUACCCUCCCGGUUACGGGACAAAUCCUCAGAGGAAACAACAUACUCAUAAGCGUGUGGAGUGGACGAGAGGGUGGGAACUUAUCUGCGUGUUGAGUGGAAAGUUUUUUAUCGACAAACAAAUCAGGCAGCAUCGUGGACGGCUCUGAGUCAUCGGGCGCGAGAAAGUCGGUCUGAGGGGAGGAGGGGCCCUGGCGGGGAGCGAAACGCGCCAAGUUUCCCCGUUGAGGCGGCGAGAAGGGGGCUCCCGAGGAGGAGGCCAGAAGCGGAGGGAGAGAGGGAGGCCUGCUCGUUUCCUCCCCGCUGGGACGCCGAGCCUGCCCCGGAGGAUGUAGCGGGCAUAGCUGCCGCCUGCUCCCUCUCCCGCCUGCCUGCCUGCUUGUCUCCCUCCACCUUUUGGCGAGGGGACCAUGCCCGGCCUGUUGCCCAGUGACAGUAAUGGACUUCCCAGAGGCAGCCCGACGAAAAAAGGCAGGCUGUCGCUGAAGUUUUUUCAGAAAAGGGAAACCAAAAGAGCGCUGGAUUUUGCAGAGCCGCCAGGAAAUGAGCAAAAGACUUCAGAAUCCGAGUGUUCUGAAAUUGAGCAGAUAGUUCCUACAGCACAGCCACUUUCACCUGUUUGCUGUGAGAAGAAAGACAUCAUGCUACCUUUUGUGGGCUUGAACAAUCUUGGCAACACUUGCUAUCUGAACAGUAUACUCCAGGUGCUGUAUUUUUGCCCUGGCUUUAAAACUGGAGUGAAACAAUUAUUCAACAUAAUUUCCAAAAAGAAGGAAAGCUUAAAGGAUGAAAUAGAUAAGGGGACAAUUAAAGAAGAUUCUCUUGCAGGCUAUGAAUUGGUCUGCAGUUUACACUCCCUGAUCAUUUCAGUUGAACAGCUUCAGGCCAGCUUCCUCUUAAGUCCAGAAAAAUACGCAGAUGAACUUGCUACGCAACCAAGAAGACUCCUAAACACACUAAGAGAACUCAACCCCAUGUAUGAGGGAUAUUUGCAGCAUGAUGCCCAAGAAGUUUUGCAGUGUAUAUUGGGUCAUAUCCAAGGAACAUGCCAGCUCUUAAAGGAGGAACUUAAACAUAAAUCAUUGCAAGCACCCACACCUGAACUGAGAAAAAAAUCCAGUCAGAAUAGUGAAAGUAAUGGUAUUCUUGAACAAGAUGAUCAUGUGCUUGAUGAUCAAGUGAAAAAGAACUGUGAAGAUCAAAGUAAAGGAAGUGUGAAAAGAAAGAGUGAUAUUGAAGGAGGCAAUGAAAAGAAAAAAUCCAGAGUAUGCAAGGAGAAAAAUGAAGUCGAAGAAAAUAUAAGACAGACUCGGUCAAAGAGAAAAGCACUAGAAGAGAAACGGGAUAAUCAUCCUGAAGCUUCCAUUGAUGAAAUGAAAAUACACAUUGAGAUUGCUAAGCCAAGCAAUAAAAAAUCAAGGCUUAGGUUAAACUGGUUAAAAUCUUCAAGCAACCAGCCUAGUAUUUUGUCUAAAUUCUGUAGUCUUGGAAAAUUAACAACAAACUUCGGGUUGAAAGAUCAUAUCAAAGAAAUUGAUAACUGUGAAUUUCCAGGCAAGUGUGAAAAAAGCAACCAACCAACGGAAGAAUAUUAUGAUUCAUCAUCUCCCAAGGAAAGCACUGCUGAAAAAGGAACUGAAAACCCAUUUCAGAAAGAGUUAGCUGGCUUUGAUUUAGUAGAGAGACUUUUCCAGGGUCAGUUGGUGUUGAGAACAAGAUGUUUAGAGUGUGAAUGCUUCACUGAGAGGAGAGAAGACUUUCAAGAUAUCAGUGUACCAGUACAAAAAGAUGAACUGUCCAAAGUGGAAGAUAAUUCUGAAAUUUCCCCAGAGCCCAAAACGGAAGUGAAAACGCUGAAGUGGGCAAUUUCACAAUUUGCUUCUGUGGAGAGGAUUGUGGGAGAAGAUAAAUAUUUCUGUGAAAAUUGUCAUCAUUACACAGAAGCCGAGCGGAGUCUUCUUUUUGAUAAAAUGCCUGAAGUUAUAACAAUCCAUUUGAAGUGCUUUGCUGCUAGUGGAUUAGAGUUUGACUGUUACGGUGGACUCUCCAAGAUAAAUACACCUUUACAGACGCCUCUCAAGCUGUCCUUGGAUGACUGGAGCAUAAACCCAGCCAAUGAAGUCUAUGGAUUAUUUGCCGUAGUGAUGCACAGUGGCAUUACUAUCAGCAGUGGGCACUACACAGCCUCUGUUAAAAUUACAGAUAUCGACAGCUUAGAAUUAGACAAGGAUGAUUUCAUCCUUGAUGCUCUUGGUAAAAUUUGCCCAGAGCCACUGAAUGAACAAGAAGCAAGAGCUGUCACUGAGGACUAUGAUGAUGGUGAGGUCUCCUUUAGAGUUGGUGGAAAUGCACAACCUAAUAAAGGAUUAAACAAAAAGAAUACAGAAGCUGUGGGGCUUCUCGGAGGACAAAAGAGCAAAUCCAACUGUGAUUUGCCCAUUAACAAAGCAAGCCAUUCUGAGAAGAUGGCUAACAUGGUCAUUGACACUAAAAGUGCUGAAUGUAGCCAUGCUAAACAAAUCGUGGAGUUUAAACAUGAUGAGCAAACUGCUGCUGCCGCUAAUGGAGUAGAAAGUAAAGCCGUUCACAUUAUGCAGAGCCUCAAAGAGUAUGAGGGAAAGUGGCUCCUUUUUGAUGAUUCUGAAGUGAAAGUUACAGAGGAAAAGGACUUUCUUAACUUUUUGUCCCCCAUUUCAUCAUCUACAUCCACUCCUUACUUGCUGUUUUAUAAGAAAAUUGUAGUUUGAGGUUGUAUUACAUUGUAAAUAAUAGUUUUGCAUCAGAUUGGCACUGAAGAGCAUAUGACAUAUUUGAGGCUACAGAAUUAAAUUCAUUGGUCUCUUUGACUCUAUAAAAAUGGUGUGAUUUUAAAGUGAAUAAUUCACUUGAUAGAAUCUAUAUAAAAUCAACCUAGCAAUGCAAACAUGUAUAUAUCCUGUUGAAUAAACAAUGUCUGAAGAGCACAGUAACAUA